AUGCUUCAUUUUCGCAAACGGUUAAAAGGGUUUCUCGAUUACGGUCGAUUUCAUAAUGGGUUGGUGUUUGAUUUUUUAUUUUUGAUUCUUUGUGUCUGUGCAGACGAUGAGAAGGAAGAAGAAGUGAACGACAACCCAAUCGAGCAAGUCCGGCUGACGGUGCCAAUCACCGACGACCCGACCCAACCGGUCCUCACUUUCCGGACAUGGGUCCUCGGGAUUUUAGCCUGUGCAAUUCUUUCCUUCGUCAACCAAUUCUUCGGCUACCGUCAGAACCAGCUCUUCGUGGGCUCGGUUUCGGCUCAAAUCGUGGUGCUUCCAUUGGGGAAGCUAAUGGCCGCAACUCUGCCCACUAGGAAAUUCAGAAUCUCCCCCUUUUGGGACUACACAUGGUCGCUGAAUCCGGGGCCGUUCAACAUGAAGGAGCACGCUCUCAUCACCAUCUUCGCCAGCUGCGGCUCGAGCGGCGUCUACGCGGUUAAUAUCAUCACAAUCAUCAAGGCGUUCUACAAGAGAGGCCUCCAUCCUGGUGCUGCUUUCCUCCUGGCGCAGACAACUCAGCUGCUCGGCUACGGUUGGGCAGGGCUCUUCCGCAAAAUCCUCGUCGAUUCGCCCUUCAUGUGGUGGCCGGCUAAUUUGGUCCAGGUUUCGCUCUUCAGGGCGCUGCACGAGAAGGAGAAGAGGGCGAAAGGCGGAUACACCAGGCUCCAAUUCUUCACCAUCCGGUCCAUUACCGCGCAGCAGGUUGGGUCCGGGAUGAGCGGACUUGGCCUUGCGAGUUUCGGGCUCGAUUGGGCUACUGUUGCUAGCUUCCUCGGCAGUCCGAUUGCCAAUCCUCUGUAUGCCAUUGUCAAUUCGUUUGUUGGAUUUGUGUUGCUGAUCUAUGUGGUUCUGCCCAUUGCUUACUGGGGAAACGUUCAUCAGGCGAAACGUUUCCCCAUCUUCUCGUCGGGGACGUUCGACAGUACCGGGCACCCGUAUAACAUUACGAGGAUACUCAAUGAUAAGAGUUUCGACAUCGAUUUGGCGGCUUAUGAUGGUUAUAGUAAAAUCCAUCUCUCCAUCUUCUUUGCCUUUGUGUAUGGGCUGAGUUUCGCUACUCUGACUGCUACCAUUUCACAUGUUGCCCUCUUCGAUGGACAGGUCAUCGUGGAUCUGUUCAAGAAGGCGACAGCAGCAAGCAAAGCGCGAUUUGCUGAUGUGCAUACUAGAAUAAUGAAGAAGAACUAUGACGUUGUACCACAAUGGUGGUUUAUUCUUGUACUGAUAGUGAGUUUCUUUAUGGCUUUGUAUGCCGUGGAGGGUUUUGGGCAGCAACUGCAACUUCCCUGGUGGGGACUCAUCUUUGCCUGUGUGCUUGCUAUGGUUUCCACUCUUCCAAUCGGUAUAAUUCAGGCCACUACAAACAAUCAAAUCGGGCUAAACGUGAUCACCGAGUUGAUGAUCGGUUAUGCUUAUCCUGGAAAGCCUCUAGCCAAUGUGGCAUUCAAGACCUAUGGCUACAUCAGCAUGGCACAAGCUCUCUCAUUCGUGGAAGACUUCAAACUCGGACACUACAUGAAAAUUCCUCCCAAAUCCAUGUUCAUCGUUCAGCUCGUUGGUACGCUAGUUGCUUCGAGCGUCUACUUCGCCACAGCGUGGUGGAUACUGGAGAGCGUGCCCCACGUCUGCGACUUGGACGUCCUGCCCGAGGGAAGUCCAUGGACGUGCCCUGGAUUUGACGUGUUCUACAGCGCGUCGAUCAUCUGGGGAGUGGUUUCGCCACGAAGAAUGUUCGGCGACCUAGGCAUCUACAGAGAGCAGUACUGGUUCUUCUUGCUCGGGUUGCUUGCUCCAGUCCCGGUUUGGCUGCUGUCCCGCAAGUUCCCAAACAAGAAGUGGAUCAAGCUGAUUCACAUGCCGCUGAUCCUCGGAGCGUCGGCCAGCAUGCCGCCUGCGAGACCGGUUCACUACUGGAGUUGGGCAGCGGUCGGGUUUUUCUUCAACUACUACGUCUACAAGAGGCACAAGGGAUGGUGGGCUAGACAUGCCUACAUACUGUCUGCUGCAAUGGAUGCAGGGGUUGCUUUCAUGGGGAUUCUUCUCUUCUUCGCGCUCCAGUCGAAGGACAUCUAUGGCCCGGAGUGGUGGGGUCUCGAUGCGUCGGACCAUUGCACGUUGGCUAAGUGUCCCACUGCGCCGGGCGUCCAAGUCAAGGGUUGCCCUGCGAUUUCCUAACUCUGUAGCUACUAGCUAGCCUAGUUUCCUUGUGAUGUUUCAUAUGUUUUCUCUUUUCUACGUUGGAAAGUCAUGUUGGUGUGGAUAUAUUGAUCGACUGGUUGUGAAGAAGAAUGGAGAAAGGAAGCCACUCUUAGGAUGAA